ACUUACACAUCAGUAGGUUUAAUUGCACGCAGUAAUCUUAGACAAUGGAAGAAAAGUCGUUUAACUGAGAUGUUGUCUGUUGUGCGGCCUAAUUUUGCCACUGUAGCAAGCUAAUGCACAGACCUGCAACACUGGCUUUACCACACUGACCAAGGUACAGAAUUGUGGGCAACUGCUAGUCAAACAUUACAGGUGGCCAUCUGACAGACUGUGGAUUUGCAGGCCGUGGAGUUAUAAUCUCUAGGGUGAAGAGAGAAAGACAAACAGGAACACGGGAGGGCAACAACUCUCAAUAAAAAUACAUUCAGAAAGUAACGUUACUGUAACAGAAAAUAAGGCAUCAGUACUAGAAGGUCGUUAAAAGAAACUGAGCAUGCUGUAAUUUCACAGAACAUCUCAUUUUAAGGUGGGGUGACAGGGUGUGUUCUUUCGCUGCCUGUGUUUUUUUUUUAAAGAUGGCGUGCAAUACACUCGUAAGGAGGGCAAAUUUGGAAAGCGUUGGGCGCCGCUGCCGCUGGUUCGAGCUGUUCUGCGGCUGGCUGCAUUGCCUCUGAUUGACACGGUUGAGGGGUGGGGACGCAGGGUGGGGUCACCAGCAGGGAGAGGCGGAGGAGAGACUGAGCGAACCAGCCCAACCCUGAACACGGCAACAACACACUGAGAGAGACACCAGGGAAGAAAGGAUUUUCGACGCCGAAGCUAUGAUCUAGAAGACGACCCUAAGAACCCGCAUCUGCCUGUCCCAAUAAUAAUUCGAAAGGUGGAUAUAAAAAACUGCUAGCAAGAUUAGCUACUAUUAUUCUAUUAUACCCCGCCCGUUCGACCCCCCUUACUCCACCCCUUCACCGCUGCACCCGCUUAGCUACCGAGAUGCACACGGAGACUCGUAACAAGAAAUGCGAAGCGAGUCUUAAGAAAUCCAGCUCUGCGUCCAAGAGAGAGAUGCCUUCGGCCCACAUCAAGCCAGAGCCAGAGGAAGUGGAGUGCUCGAAGCCCGGUACGCCCGAGGAGCCCCCCCAGGACUCCCCCCAGCCCACAGAUCUGAAGUGUAAGGGGUCGUGCGCCUCCCCCCCGCCUCUCUGCACCGCCAAAGCAGAGGCAACAGAGGCGCUCUCCCCCGACCAGACUGAGCCGGUCGACCUGUCGCUCAACAAGCCCCGCCCCUCGCUGCCCACCAGCACGGCGUCGGGCGCGGCCCCCCCCGCCCCCCCCAGCGUGACCACGCCCAUCCCGGCGGUGCUGUCGCCGGGGUCCAUCCUGGCCUCCACACAGGGCGUGGGGGGGCAGCAGAUCCUGCACGUCAUCCACACCAUCCCGUCCGUCAACAUGCCCAGCAAGAUGGGCCAGCUGCAGACCAUCCCCGUGGUGGUGCAGUCUCUGCCCGUCGUCUACACCGCCCUGCCCACCGAGGGCGUGGCCACCGCCGCCAUCACCGUGCCACUCAUCGGGAGCGACGGCCGCUCGGAGGGGUCAGUUCGGAUCAAACCGGGAACAGCGUCCCCAGUGGAGUUCCAGAGCGACAGCGACGUGGAGAGCGGGACGGAGUCGGGAUCAGCCUCCUUCAGCACCCAGGGCCUGGAGCCGGGUGCUGUGGUGGACCUGGACAUGCAGGCGGACCCUGACUCGCCAGACAUGAAGAGGAGGCGUGUUCACAUGUGCGACUACGACGGCUGCAACAAGGUGUACACCAAGAGCUCGCACCUGAAGGCCCACCGCAGGAUACACACAGGUGAGAAGCCGUACCACUGCACGUGGGAGGGCUGCACCUGGCGGUUUGCGCGGUCGGACGAGCUGACGCGGCACUUCCGCAAGCACACGGGCAUCAAGCCCUUCCGCUGCACCGACUGCGACCGCAGCUUCUCCCGCUCCGACCACCUGGCGCUGCACCGGAGACGCCACGUCAUGAUGUGAACCUGCCCGCCAGCCCCGCCCCAAACCGCC